UCCUGCAUAUUGGGGAGUAAUUGAUCUAACCAAAGAAAGUCUACACGGAUGCAAUGAACUCACGGAGAAUGAUUUACAGCAAUUAUCACAGGAUUUUGCUGAUCAUGUGAAGUGGAAAUGCGAAUUGGCACCAAAAAAUUUUCAAGAUUAUUUUGAUAGUAACUGUGAAAACCUCGAAAAUAACAAUGAAAAUAAGGAUUUAAAACAUUUUGAUUUAAAUAUACAAUUUUUGAAGAGCAAUAUGCGCUUUUUUCAAAAAGCGUUAACCGAAGAACAAUUGAAAAUGACGUCUGCAUUUCCAUUGUUUCAUGGAACGUUAACAUCCGAUCAUAUUGAACAUUCCUGGGGAGAAAUUCAGGUUAUUUCAAGUAGUGAUGCACGAAACGAAAAAUCAAAUCCGUAUAAAAAAUCACGAUUAGGAAGGAAAGUAGACAUGAAAGUAACAUUAUUAAAAACAUCAAAUAAGUUCGAGGUAAUCUUUGGGGAGGUCGCAGGUGGGUUAGGUCCAUUUGGAGUUCCUACAGCUUGUCGGAGGAAACGAUUUCUUGAUAAGGUGAAACUUAUAGUGAUUAUGAGAGAUAGUAUUAAUCGCCUGUUAAAAGAGUGUGAUUAUGUAUCCAAUGAAGAACGACUAGAAGUCGUAGUCUAUGGCUGGCUUCAGUUUGGCCUAGAGCUAAAUUUUUAUGCAAUGGAUUGGAUUGGAUCAGGAAUAUACAGAUUCGGAUUGAUAGAUCGAUGUAGAAUACCUGUUGAUAUUGAUGAGUGUGAAAUACUGGAAGAUGUGUAUUGCAUUCUCAAAUCGCUCGAA